GGGGCCGAGCAGUCCGCCUGCCGCAGGCCGAGCGCGCGAAGCCGGCGCGGCGGCACUGCGGGGCCGCCUCCCUGCGCGCGUCCCCCGGGCCGGGUCGCCGUCCUCCCGCACAGUGCCGCGCGGGGGGCUCCCCCUCAGCUCUGCAGGCGAGGACCUACUGGCGCUCGGCCCCAGGCAGCCGCGGCCCCCUCCCGCCCCCGGCUCCGGGCAGCGGCGGCGGCGGCAGCAGCAGCAGCAGCAGCAGCAGCAGCAGCAGCAGCAGCAGCAGCAGGAGGCAGCGCGAGGGGCCGCCACCGCCACCAACGCCGGGCUCCGCGGGUUUCGGGAGCCGGCCGGGCCAGGAGGCGCGGAGCCAUGGCCGAUGGGGGCGAGGGCGAGGAUGAGAUCCAGUUCCUGCGAACAGAUGAUGAAGUGGUCCUGCAAUGUACCGCAACCAUCCACAAAGAACAACAGAAGCUGUGUCUGGCGGCAGAAGGAUUUGGCAACAGACUUUGCUUCUUGGAGUCAACUUCAAAUUCCAAGAAUGUUCCCCCAGACCUCUCCAUCUGCACCUUUGUGCUGGAACAAUCCCUCUCCGUCCGGGCCCUGCAGGAGAUGCUGGCUAACACUGUGGAGAAAUCAGAAGGGAAAGUUGAUGUGGAAAAAUGGAAAUUCAUGAUGAAGACUGCUCAAGGUGGUGGCCACCGAACACUCCUGUACGGACAUGCCAUAUUGCUGCGCCAUUCCUACAGCGGCAUGUACCUGUGUUGCCUGUCCACCUCCCGGUCUUCAACUGACAAGCUGGCCUUUGAUGUUGGCUUACAAGAGGACACAACAGGUGAGGCCUGUUGGUGGACUAUACAUCCUGCCUCCAAGCAGCGCUCAGAAGGAGAGAAAGUACGAGUCGGAGAUGACCUCAUCUUAGUUAGUGUGUCCUCCGAAAGGUACUUGCACUUGUCCUACGGCAAUGGCAGCUUGCAUGUGGACGCCGCCUUCCAGCAGACCCUCUGGAGCGUGGCCCCCAUCAGCUCAGGAAGCGAAGCAGCCCAAGGGUAUCUCAUCGGCGGUGACGUCCUCAGGUUGCUUCAUGGGCACAUGGACGAGUGCCUCACGGUCCCCUCAGGAGAACAUGGCGAAGAGCAGCGGAGAACUGUUCACUAUGAAGGUGGUGCUGUGUCUGUUCAUGCACGUUCCCUGUGGAGGCUGGAGACACUGAGGGUUGCGUGGAGUGGGAGCCACAUAAGGUGGGGCCAGCCUUUCCGACUCCGCCACGUCACAACAGGGAAAUACUUGAGUCUCCUGGAGGACAAAAGCCUUCUACUCAUGGACAAGGAAAAAGCUGACGUCAAGUCGACCGCAUUUACCUUCCGAUCUUCCAAGGAAAAAUUGGACGUAGGGGUGAGGAAAGAAGUUGAUGGCAUGGGAACGUCGGAAAUAAAGUACGGGGACUCGGUGUGCUACAUACAGCACAUAAACAGCGGCCUGUGGCUCACCUACCAGUCUGUGGAUGUGAAAUCUGUGAGGAUGGGAUCUGUACAGCGUAAGGCUAUUAUGCACCACGAAGGUCACAUGGACGACGGCCUAAAUUUAUCCAGAUCUCAGCACGAAGAAUCACGGACAGCACGCGUCAUCCGAAGCACAGUCUUUCUCUUCAAUAGAUUUAUUAGGGGCCUUGAUGCUCUCAGCAAAAAAGUGAAGGCUUCCGCAGUAGACUUACCUAUCGAGUCUGUGAGUCUAAGUCUGCAGGACUUGAUCGGUUACUUCCACCCACCAGAGGAGCACUUAGAGCAUGAAGACAAACAGAACAGAUUACGAGCUCUGAAGAACCGGCAGAAUCUCUUCCAGGAAGAGGGAAUGAUCAACCUUGUGCUGGAAUGCAUAGACAGGCUGCAUGUCUACAGCAGUGCCGCUCACUUUGCUGACGUUGCCGGCAGAGAAGCCGGGGAGUCGUGGAAAUCAAUUCUGAAUUCUCUGUACGAGUUGCUGGCGGCUCUAAUUAGAGGAAAUCGUAAAAACUGUGCUCAGUUUUCUGGCUCCCUCGACUGGUUGAUCAGCCGAUUGGAAAGACUGGAAGCUUCUUCCGGUAUUCUUGAAGUUUUACACUGUGUGUUAGUAGAAAGUCCAGAAGCUCUAAAUAUUAUUAAAGAAGGGCAUAUUAAAUCCAUUAUCUCACUUUUAGACAAGCAUGGAAGAAAUCACAAGGUCCUUGAUGUCUUAUGCUCUCUCUGUGUUUGCCAUGGGGUAGCAGUCCGUUCUAACCAGCAUCUCAUCUGUGACAAUCUCCUGCCAGGAAGAGACCUGCUGUUGCAGACCCGCCUCGUGAACCAUGUCAGCAGCAUGAGGCCCAAUAUUUUCCUGGGUGUCAGUGAAGGGUCUGCCCAGUAUAAGAAGUGGUACUAUGAGUUGAUGGUCGACCACACCGAGCCGUUCGUGACCGCUGAAGCCACUCAUCUGCGCGUGGGCUGGGCGUCCACGGAAGGCUACUCCCCCUACCCUGGAGGGGGCGAAGAGUGGGGAGGCAAUGGUGUUGGAGAUGAUCUCUUUUCCUAUGGAUUUGAUGGCCUUCACCUCUGGUCAGGGUGUAUUGCUCGCACUGUCAGCUCACCAAACCAGCAUCUGCUGAGAACUGAGGACGUCAUCAGUUGCUGUUUAGAUCUAAGUGCCCCAAGCAUCUCAUUUCGAAUUAACGGACAACCUGUUCAAGGAAUGUUUGAGAAUUUCAACAUUGACGGACUCUUCUUUCCAGUUGUCAGUUUCUCUGCAGGAAUAAAGGUACGCUUCCUGCUUGGGGGGAGACAUGGAGAAUUUAAAUUCCUCCCCCCACCUGGCUACGCUCCGUGUUAUGAAGCCGUUCUGCCAAAAGAAAAGUUGAAAGUGGAACACAGCCGAGAGUAUAAGCAAGAGAGAACUUACACACGGGACCUGUUGGGCCCCACGGUCUCCCUGACACAAGCCGCCUUCACCCCGAUCCCUGUGGAUACCAGCCAGAUCGUGUUGCCUCCCCAUCUAGAGAGGAUAAGAGAAAAACUGGCGGAGAAUAUCCACGAACUCUGGGUCAUGAAUAAGAUUGAACUCGGUUGGCAGUAUGGCCCGGUUAGAGAUGACAAUAAGAGACAGCACCCGUGUCUGGUGGAGUUCUCCAGGCUGCCUGAACAGGAACGCAAUUACAAUUUACAGAUGUCACUUGAGACCCUGAAGACCUUGUUGGCAUUAGGAUGUCACGUGGGCAUAUCGGAUGAACAUGCUGAAGAAAAGGUGAAAAAAAUGAAGCUGCCCAAGAAUUACCAGCUGACGAGUGGGUACAAGCCUGCCCCGAUGGACCUGAGCUUUAUCAAACUCACCCCAUCUCAGGAAGCGAUGGUGGACAAGUUGGCGGAAAAUGCUCAUAACGUGUGGGCCCGGGAUCGAAUCCGCCAGGGCUGGACCUACGGCAUCCAGCAGGACGUAAAGAACAGAAGAAACCCGCGCCUCGUUCCCUACGCCCUUCUGGAUGACCGAACCAAGAAAUCAAACAAGGACAGCCUCCGCGAGGCAGUGCGCACGCUGCUGGGGUACGGCUACAGCCUGGAGGCGCCCGAUCAAGACCACGCCGCCAGGGCAGAGGUGUGCAGUGGCACCGGGGAGCGGUUCCGGAUCUUCCGGGCCGAGAAAACUUAUGCCGUGAGGGCCGGAAGGUGGUAUUUCGAGUUCGAGGCUGUCACUGCUGGAGACAUGCGAGUGGGCUGGAGCCGGCCAGGCUGCCAGCCCGAUCAGGAGCUGGGCUCGGAUGAACAUGCCUUUGCUUUCGAUGGCUUCAAGGCCCAGCGCUGGCACCAGGGCAGCGAGCACUACGGGCGGCCCUGGCAGGCGGGCGACGUGGUGGGCUGCAUGGCCGACGUGACCGAGCGCACCAUGGUGUUCACGCUCAACGGCGAGGUCCUGCUCGACGACUCGGGCUCCGAGCUGGCCUUCAAGGACUUCGACGUCGGCGACGGGUUCAUACCAGUGUGUAGCCUCGGAGUGGCUCAGGUGGGCAGGAUGAACUUCGGAAAGGAUGUCAGCACCUUGAAAUACUUCACCAUCUGCGGCUUACAGGAGGGCUAUGAGCCAUUUGCCGUUAAUACAAACAGGGAGGUUACCAUGUGGCUGAGCAAGAGGCUCCCUCAGUUUCUCCAGGUUCCAUCGAACCACGAACACAUUGAGGUGACCAGGAUAGACGGCACCAUAGACAGCUCCCCGUGUUUAAAGGUCACUCAGAAGUCAUUUGGCUCCCAGAACAGCAGCACGGACAUCAUGUUCUACCGCCUGAGCAUGCCCGUCGAGUGCGCGGAGGUCUUCUCCAAGACUGCGGCGGGCGGCAUCCCGGGCGCCGGCCUCUUUGGGCCCAAGAACGAUUUGGAGGAUUAUGAUGCAGAUUCGGACUUCGAGGUUCUCAUGAAGACAGCUCAUGGCCAUCUGGUGCCAGAUCGAGUGGACAAAGACAAAGAAGCUGCAAAACCGGAGUGUAACAACCACAAGGAUUACGCUCAGGAAAAGCCCUCUCGUCUGAAACAAAGAUUUCUGCUCAGGAGGACAAAGCCAGAUUACAGCACAAGCCAUUCCGCAAGACUCACUGAGGACGUCCUUGCCGAUGACAGGGAUGACUACGACUACUUGAUGCAGACGUCCACGUACUAUUACUCAGUGAGAAUCUUUCCUGGACAAGACCCCACUAAUGUCUGGGUGGGCUGGAUUACAUCAGAUUUCCAUCAGUACGAUACCGCCUUUGACCUGGACAGAGUUCGCACAGUGACCGUGACUCUAGGAGAUGAAAAAGGAAAGGUGCACGAAAGCAUCAAACGCAGCAACUGCUACAUGGUGUGUGCGGGCGAGAGCAUGAGCCCGGGGCAGGGGCGCAACAGUAAUGGCCUGGAGAUCGGCUGUGUGGUGGACGCGGCCAGCGGGCUGCUCACCUUCACCGCCAACGGCAAGGAGCUGAGCACCUACUACCAGGUGGAGCCAAGUACAAAGUUAUUUCCUGCCGUUUUUGCACAAGCUACAAGUCCUCAUGUCUUUCAGUUUGAGUUGGGAAGAAUAAAGAACGUGAUGCCUCUCUCAGCGGGACUGUUCAAGAGUGAGCACAAAAACCCGGUGCCGCAGUGCCCCCCACGCCUCCAUGUGCAGUUCCUGUCCCACGUCCUCUGGAGCAGGAUGCCCAACCAGUUCUUAAAGGUCGACGUCUCUCGAAUCAGCGAGCGCCAGGGCUGGCUGGUGCAGUGUGUGGAACCCUUGCAGUUCAUGUCUCUUCACAUCCCGGAGGAGAACAGGUCUGUGGACAUCCUGGAGUUGACCGAGCAGGAGGACCUGCUGAAGUUCCACUACCACACGCUCCGGCUGUACUCGGCGGUGUGUGCGCUGGGGAACCACCGCGUGGCCCAUGCCCUGUGCAGCCACGUGGAUGAGCCGCAGCUGCUCUACGCCAUCGAGAGCAAGUAUAUGCCCGGCCUGCUGCGCGCCGGCUACUACGACCUGCUGAUUGACAUCCACCUCAGCUCCUACGCCACCGCCAGGCUCAUGAUGAACAGCGAGUUCAUCGUCCCCAUGACGGAGGAGACCAAGAGCAUCACGCUGUUCCCGGACGAGAACAAGAAGCACGGCCUCCCGGGCAUUGGCCUCAGCACCUCGCUCAGGCCGCGGAUGCAGGUGUCCUCCCCCAGCUUCGUGAGCAUCAGUCACGAGAGCUACCAGUACAGCCCUGAGUUCCCGCUGGACAUCCUCAAGGCCAAGACCAUCCAGAUGCUGACAGAGGCAGUGCGAGAGGGCAGCCUGCACGCCCGGGACCCCGUGGGGGGCACCACUGAGUUCCUCCUCGUGCCCCUCAUCAAGCUCUUCUACACCCUGCUCAUCAUGGGUGUCUUCCACAGCCGGGACCUCAAGCACGUCCUGCAGCUCAUCGAGCCCAGCGUGUUCAAGGAAGCUGCUGCCCCUGACGAGGAGAGCGAGGUGCUGGAGGGGGAGCCCUGCGCCGAAGACCCCAAGCCCGACGGAGCCACGGAGGAAGAAGCCAAAGGGGGUAAGAGGCCCAAGGAAGGUCUGCUCCAAAUGAAACUGCCCGAGCCAGUUAAAUUGCAGAUGUGCCUCCUACUUCAGUACCUCUGUGACUGCCAGGUCCGGCACCGGAUAGAAGCCAUUGUGGCCUUUUCUGAUGACUUUGUAGCCAAGCUCCAGGACAACCAGCGGUUCCGCUACAACGAGGUCAUGCAAGCCUUAAACAUGUCGGCUGCCCUCACAGCCAGAAAGACAAAGGAGUUUCGAUCACCACCUCAAGAACAGAUCAAUAUGCUUCUCAAUUUUAAGGAUGACAAAAGCGAAUGUCCAUGUCCUGAAGAAAUCCGAGACCAGCUCUUGGAUUUUCAUGAAGAUUUGAUGACGCAUUGUGGAAUUGAGCUGGAUGAAGACGGGUCUCUGGAUGGAAACAGUGAUUUAACGAUUAGAGGACGCCUGCUGUCCUUGGUGGAAAAGGUGACAUACCUGAAGAAGAAGCAAGCCGAAAAGCCAGUUGAGAGUGCCGCCAAGAAGUCGUCCACUCUGCAGCAGCUGAUAUCCGAGACCAUGGUCCGCUGGGCCCAAGAGUCUGUCAUCGAAGACCCUGAGCUGGUGAGGGCCAUGUUUGUGCUGCUCCACCGACAGUAUGACGGCAUUGGGGGUCUGGUUCGUGCUCUGCCCAAGACCUACACUAUCAACAGCGUUUCCGUCGAGGACACCAUCAACCUGCUGGCAUCUCUUGGUCAGAUUCGCUCUCUGCUGAGCGUGAGAAUGGGAAAAGAAGAAGAGAAGCUCAUGAUCCGCGGAUUGGGGGAUAUCAUGAAUAAUAAAGUAUUCUACCAGCACCCUAAUCUCAUGAGGGCGCUUGGGAUGCACGAGACAGUGAUGGAGGUCAUGGUGAACGUCCUUGGAGGCGGAGAGUCCAAGGAAAUCACUUUUCCCAAGAUGGUGGCCAACUGCUGCCGUUUUCUCUGUUACUUCUGUCGUAUAAGCAGGCAGAAUCAGAAAGCCAUGUUUGAUCAUCUCAGUUACUUACUGGAGAACAGCAGUGUUGGUCUCGCCUCACCAGCUAUGAGAGGGUCAACGCCGCUGGAUGUGGCCGCAGCCUCGGUGAUGGAUAAUAAUGAGCUCGCCCUGGCUCUGCGGGAGCCAGAUCUGGAAAAGGUGGUCCGCUAUCUGGCUGGCUGUGGACUGCAGAGCUGCCAGAUGUUGGUGUCGAAGGGCUAUCCAGACAUCGGCUGGAAUCCUGUUGAAGGAGAGAGAUACCUCGACUUUCUCAGAUUUGCUGUGUUCUGUAAUGGGGAGAGUGUGGAGGAGAACGCCAACGUCGUGGUCAGACUGCUCAUCCGGAGGCCUGAGUGCUUCGGUCCCGCCCUGCGGGGGGAAGGUGGGGACGGUCUGCUCGCAGCCAUGGAAGAGGCCAUCAAGAUAGCCGGAGACCCUUCUCGUGACGGUCCCUCCCCAACCAGCGGCUCCGGCAAAACCCUUGACCCAGAGGAGGAGGAGGACACAAUCCACACGGGGAAUGCCGUCAUGACCUUCUACUCGGCUCUGAUCGACCUGCUGGGGCGUUGUGCCCCGGAGAUGCACCUGAUCCACGCUGCGAAGGGAGAGGCCAUCAGGAUCAGGUCUAUUUUGAGAUCCCUGAUUCCACUGGGAGACUUGGUGGGCGUGAUCAGCAUCGCUUUCCAGAUGCCGACCGUAGCCAAAGAUGGGAAUGUGGUGGAGCCUGACAUGUCUGCGGGGUUUUGCCCAGAUCACAAGGCAGCCAUGGUUUUGUUCCUUGACAGGGUCUAUGGAAUUGAGGUUCAAGACUUCCUCCUCCACCUUCUUGAGGUUGGCUUUCUGCCAGAUCUCCGGGCUGCUGCUUCUUUAGACACGGCUGCCCUGAGCGCCACAGACAUGGCCCUGGCCCUCAAUCGGUACCUCUGCACAGCUGUGCUGCCCUUGUUGACCCGGUGCGCUCCUCUGUUUGCGGGCACCGAGCACCACGCUUCGCUCAUCGACUCCUUACUUCACACGGUGUACAGACUCUCUAAGGGCUGUUCACUUACCAAAGCUCAGCGGGACUCCAUUGAAGUGUGUCUGCUCUCCAUUUGUGGCCAACUGAGACCUUCUAUGAUGCAGCACUUACUCAGAAGAUUAGUGUUUGAUGUUCCACUAUUAAAUGAACAUGCAAAGAUGCCUCUUAAGCUGCUGACAAAUCAUUAUGAAAGAUGCUGGAAAUAUUACUGCCUGCCUGGAGGGUGGGGAAACUUUGGAGCUGCCUCAGAAGAAGAACUUCAUUUAUCAAGAAAGUUGUUCUGGGGCAUUUUUGAUGCACUGUCUCAAAAGAAAUAUGAACAAGAACUUUUCAAACUGGCACUGCCUUGCCUGAGCGCAGUUGCAGGAGCUUUGCCCCCAGACUACAUGGAGUCAAAUUAUGUCAGUAUGAUGGAAAAACAGUCAUCAAUGGAUUCUGAAGGGAACUUUAACCCACAACCUGUUGAUACCUCAAAUAUCACAAUUCCUGAGAAGUUGGAGUACUUCAUUAGCAAAUAUGCAGAGCAUUCCCAUGACAAAUGGUCGAUGGACAAGUUGGCAAAUGGAUGGAUUUAUGGAGAAAUAUAUUCAGACUCAUCUAAAGUUCAGCCAUUAAUGAAGCCAUAUAAGCUGUUAUCUGAAAAGGAAAAAGAAAUUUAUCGCUGGCCAAUCAAAGAAUCUUUAAAAACUAUGCUGGCUUGGGGGUGGAGGAUUGAAAGGACACGGGAGGGAGACAGCAUGGCCCUUUACAACCGGACUCGUCGCAUUUCUCAGACAAGCCAGGUUUCUGUGGAUGCCGCCCAUGGGUACAGCCCCCGAGCCAUUGACAUGAGCAAUGUUACACUAUCUCGAGAUCUACAUGCGAUGGCAGAAAUGAUGGCUGAAAACUACCAUAAUAUAUGGGCAAAGAAAAAGAAGCUGGAGCUGGAGGCCAAAGGAGGUGGAAAUCAUCCACUGCUGGUUCCCUAUGACACACUGACAGCCAAAGAGAAAGCCAAGGACAGGGAGAAAGCACAGGACAUCCUCAAGUUCCUGCAGAUCAGCGGGUAUGCUGUGUCCAGAGGCUUCAAGGACCUGGAAUUGGACACACCUUCUAUUGAGAAACGAUUUGCCUAUAGUUUCCUUCAGCAGCUCAUUCGCUAUGUGGAUGAGGCCCAUCAGUAUAUCCUGGAGUUCGAUGGUGGCAGCAGAAGCAAAGGAGAACAUUUCCCUUAUGAGCAAGAAAUCAAGUUCUUUGCUAAAGUCGUUCUUCCUUUAAUUGAUCAGUAUUUCAAAAACCAUCGUUUAUACUUCUUAUCUGCAGCAAGCAGACCUCUCUGUUCUGGAGGACAUGCUUCAAACAAAGAGAAAGAAAUGGUGACUAGCCUAUUCUGCAAACUUGGAGUUCUUGUCAGGCAUAGGAUUUCACUGUUUGGAAAUGAUGCAACAUCAAUUGUCAACUGUCUUCAUAUUUUGGGUCAGACUUUGGAUGCAAGGACCGUGAUGAAGACUGGCCUGGAGACUGUCAAGAGCGCGCUGCGGGCUUUCCUGGACAGCGCCGCCGAGGAUCUGGAGAAGACGAUGGAGAACCUCAAGCAGGGCCAGUUCACCCACACCCGAAACCAGCCCAAAGGCGUUACUCAGAUUAUCAAUUAUACCACGGUGGCGCUGCUGCCAAUGCUGUCGUCCUUAUUUGAGCAUAUUGGCCAGCAUCAGUUCGGAGAAGAUCUGAUAUUGGAAGAUGUGCAGGUGUCAUGCUAUAGAAUUCUGACUAGCUUGUAUGCUUUGGGAACUAGCAAGAGUAUUUAUGUGGAAAGGCAACGUUCUGCAUUAGGAGAAUGCCUGGCUGCCUUUGCUGGUGCGUUUCCUGUAGCCUUUUUGGAAACUCAUCUGGACAAACACAACGUUUACUCAAUCUACAAUACGAAGUCUUCACGAGAGAGAGCAGCUCUCAGUUUGCCAGCUAAUGUGGAAGACGUUUGUCCAAAUAUACCAUCUCUGGAGAAGCUCAUGGAAGAAAUCGUGGAACUGGCUGAGUCCGGGAUCCGCUACACUCAGAUGCCACAUGUGAUGGAGGUCAUCUUGCCCAUGCUCUGCAGCUACAUGUCCCGCUGGUGGGAGCACGGCCCCGAGAACCACCCGGGGAGGGCAGACACGUGCUGCACGGCACUGAGCUCGGAGCACAUGAACACGCUGCUGGGCAACAUCCUGAAGAUCAUAUACAACAACCUGGGGGUGGACGAGGGCGCCUGGAUGAAGAGGCUGGCAGUGUUUUCCCAGCCCAUUAUAAACAAAGUGAAACCUCAGCUCUUGAAAACUCAUUUCCUGCCAUUAAUGGAGAAACUCAAGAAAAAGGCGGCGAUGGUGGUAUCGGAGGAGGACCACCUGAAGUCCGAGGCCAGGGGGGACAUGUCCGAGGCGGAGCUGCUCAUCCUGGACGAGUUCACCACGCUGGCCAGGGACCUCUACGCCUUCUACCCGCUCCUGAUUCGAUUUGUGGACUACAACAGGGCAAAGUGGCUCCAGGAGCCUAACGCAGAAGCAGAGGACCUUUUCCGCAUGGUGGCCGAGGUGUUUAUCUACUGGUCAAAGUCCCACAACUUCAAAAGGGAAGAGCAGAACUUCGUGGUGCAGAAUGAAAUCAACAACAUGUCUUUUCUCAUCACAGACACCAAGUCAAAGAUGUCGAAGGCAGCCGUGUCUGACCAGGAGAGGAAGAAGAUGAAGCGCAGAGGGGACCGGUACUCCAUGCAGACGUCGCUCAUCGUGGCGGCGCUGAAGCGGCUGCUGCCCAUCGGCCUGAACAUCUGCGCGCCCGGGGACCAGGAGCUCAUCGCUCUGGCCAAAAAUCGGUUUAGUCUGAAAGACACUGAGGAUGAAGUACGAGAUAUAAUCCGCAGUAAUAUUCACCUUCAAGGCAAGUUGGAGGAUCCUGCCAUUCGGUGGCAGAUGGCCCUUUACAAAGACCUACCAAACAGGACUGAAGACACUUCCGACCCCGAGAGGACAGUUGAAAGGGUACUGGACAUAGCAAACGUGCUCUUCCACCUUGAGCAGAAAUCUACAUCUAUGCGCCGGAGAUAUUACAAUCUGGUGGAGCACCCGCAGAGAUCCAAGAAGGCCGUGUGGCACAAGCUGCUCUCCAAGCAGAGGAAGCGGGCGGUGGUGGCCUGCUUCCGGAUGGCCCCCUUGUACAACCUGCCGAGGCAUCGGGCUGUCAAUCUCUUUCUUCAGGGAUAUGAAAAGUCUUGGAUUGAAACAGAAGAGCAUUACUUUGAAGAUAAACUGAUAGAAGACUUGGCGAAACCUGGAGCAGAGCCUCCGGAGGAAGAUGAAGGCACUAAGAGGGUCGAUCCUCUGCACCAGCUGAUCCUUCUGUUCAGCCGAACGGCUCUGACGGAGAAAUGCAAACUGGAAGAAGAUUUUUUAUAUAUGGCUUAUGCAGAUAUUAUGGCAAAGAGCUGUCAUGACGAGGAGGAGGAUGACGGCGAAGAGGAGGUGAAGAGCUUUGAAGUCACAGGAUCGCAGCGCAGCAAGGAAAAGGAAAUGGAGAAGCAGAAGCUUCUGUACCAGCAAGCCAGGCUGCAUGACCGCGGCGCUGCCGAGAUGGUGCUGCAGACCCUCAGCGCCAGCAAAGGUGAGACUGGACCCAUGGUGGCUGCUACUCUGAGACUCGGGAUUGCUGUCUUAAAUGGCGGGAACUCCACAGUGCAGCAGAAAAUGCUCGACUACCUCAAGGAGAAAAAGGACGUGGGCUUCUUUCAGAGCCUGGCGGGCCUGAUGCAGUCGUGCAGCGUCCUCGACCUCAAUGCAUUUGAGCGACAGAACAAAGCCGAGGGACUCGGGAUGGUGACGGAAGAAGGAUCAGCCUCUCACUUUGAAAGUCACAGACUGCAGACUGGAGAGAAGGUUCUGCAGGAUGACGAGUUCACCUGUGACCUCUUCCGCUUCUUGCAGCUGCUCUGUGAGGGACACAACUCAGAUUUUCAAAAUUAUCUGAGAACCCAGACGGGCAACAAUACGACUGUCAACAUCAUCAUCUCCACGGUGGACUACCUGCUGCGAGUCCAGGAAUCAAUCAGUGAUUUCUAUUGGUAUUACUCUGGGAAAGACGUCAUCGAUGAGCAAGGACAAAGGAAUUUCUCCAAAGCAAUUCAAGUAGCAAAGCAAGUCUUCAACACUCUUACAGAGUAUAUUCAGGGCCCUUGCACGGGGAACCAGCAGAGCCUGGCCCACAGCCGGCUGUGGGACGCGGUGGUGGGCUUCCUCCACGUGUUCGCCCACAUGCAGAUGAAGCUGUCCCAGGACUCCAGCCAGAUCGAGCUCCUGAAAGAGCUGAUGGACCUCCAGAAGGACAUGGUGGUCAUGCUGCUGUCCAUGCUGGAAGGUAAUGUUGUGAACGGCACCAUCGGCAAACAGAUGGUGGACAUGCUCGUGGAGUCUUCCAACAACGUGGAGAUGAUUCUCAAAUUUUUCGACAUGUUCCUGAAACUGAAGGACUUGACGUCUUCCGACGCCUUCAAAGAGUAUGACCCCGACGGCAAGGGCGUCAUCUCCAAGAGAGACUUCCACAAGGCGAUGGAGAGCCACAAGCACUACACGCCGUCCGAGACCGAGUUCCUCCUGUCCUGCGCCGAGACGGACGAGAACGAAACCCUGGACUACGAGGAGUUCGUCAAGCGGUUCCACGAGCCCGCCAAGGACAUCGGCUUCAACGUGGCGGUGCUGCUGACAAACCUGUCCGAGCACAUGCCCAACGACAGCCGGCUGCAGACCUUCCUGGAGCUGGCCGAGAGCGUGCUCAGCUACUUCCAGCCCUUCCUGGGCCGCAUCGAGGUCAUGGGCAGCGCCAAGCGCAUCGAGAGGGUCUACUUUGAGAUCAGCGAGUCCAGCCGGACCCAGUGGGAGAAGCCACAGGUCAAGGAGUCCAAGAGGCAGUUCAUAUUCGACGUGGUCAACGAGGGGGGUGAGAAGGAGAAGAUGGAGCUGUUCGUGAACUUCUGUGAGGACACCAUCUUCGAGAUGCAGCUGGCGGCUCAGAUCUCAGAGUCGGACCUGAACGAGAGGUCGGCGAGCAAGGAGGAGAGCGAGAAGGAGCGGCCGGAGGAGCCGGGCCCGAGGAUGGGCUUCUUCUCCGUGGGGACGGUGCGCGCGGCCCUGCUCGCCCUGCGCUACAACGUCCUGGCCCUCAUGCGGAUGCUCAGCCUCAAGAGCCUGAGGAAGCAGGUGAAGCGCGUGAAGAAGAUGACGGUCAAGGACAUGGUCACGGCCGUCUUCACAUCCUACUGGGCCGUCUUCCUGAGCCUCCUGCACUUCGUGGCCAGCGUGUUCAGGGGCUUCUCCCGCAUCCUCUGCAGCCUCCUGCUGGGGGGCAGCUUGGUGGAAGGUGCCAAGAAGAUCCGAGUGGCCGAGCUCUUGGCCAACAUGCCGGACCCCACGCAGGACGAGGUCAGGGGGGACGGGGAGGAUGCAGAGAGGAAGGCCACGGAAGCUGCCCUGCCCUCCGAGGACCUCACAGACCUGAAGGAACUGACGGAGGAGAGCGACCUGCUCUCCGACAUCUUCGGCUUGGACCUGAAGCGAGAAGGAGGACAGUACAAGCUCAUCCCGCAUAAUCCCAACGCCGGCCUGAGCGACCUCAUGAGCAGCCCGGUCCCCAUCCCCGAGGUGCAGGAGAAGUUCCAGGAACAGGUGCCCAAAGAAGAGGAGAAGGAAGAAAAAGAAGAGAGCAAAUCAGAACCCGAGAAAGCCGAGGGAGAAGAUGGAGAAAAAGAAGACAAAGCCAAAGAAGACAAGGGCAAGCAGAGGCCGAGGCAGCCGCACACACACAGAUACGGGGAGCCCGAGGCUCCCGAGUCGGCUUUCUGGAAGAAGAUCAUAGCCUCUCAGCAGAAGCUGCUCAACUAUUUCGCUCGCAACUUUUACAACAUGAGGAUGUUAGCCUUGUUUGUCGCGUUUGCGAUCAAUUUCAUCUUGCUCUUUUACAAGGUCUCCACUUCUUCUGUGGUUGAAGGAAGGGAGCCGCCCCCUCGCAGCUCAGGCGAAAAUACCCGAGGCGGCAGCCUGGACGGCGGCUCGCCGCGAGUCAUCGCCGUGCACUACGUGCUGGAGGAGAGCAGCGGCUACAUGGAGCCCACGCUGCGCAUCCUGGCCGUGCUGCACACGGUCAUCGCCUUCUUCUGCAUCAUCGGGUACUACUGCCUGAAGGUCCCACUGGUUAUUUUUAAGCGAGAAAAGGAAGUAGCUCGAAAAUUGGAAUUCGAUGGGCUUUAUAUUACAGAACAGCCUUCGGAAGAUGAUAUUAAAGGCCAGUGGGAUAGACUCGUAAUCAACACACAGUCAUUUCCCAAUAACUACUGGGACAAAUUUGUUAAAAGAAAGGUUAUGGAUAAAUACGGGGAAUUCUAUGGCCGAGACAGAAUCAGCGAGCUGCUUGGCAUGGACAAAGCCGCCCUGGACUUCAGCGACGCCCGGGAAAAGAAGAAGCCGAAGAAAGACAGCUCCCUGUCGGCCGUACUGAGCUCCAUCGAUGUGAAGUAUCAGAUGUGGAAGCUGGGAGUCGUUUUCACUGACAACUCCUUCCUCUACCUGGCCUGGUACAUGACCAUGUCCGUCCUUGGGCACUACAACAACUUCUUCUUCGCUGCUCAUCUUCUGGACAUUGCCAUGGGAUUCAAGACCCUAAGAACCAUCCUGUCGUCAGUCACACACAAUGGCAAGCAGCUUGUGCUGACCGUCGGCUUACUGGCCGUCGUCGUGUACCUGUACACUGUGGUGGCAUUCAACUUCUUCCGAAAAUUCUACAACAAAAGUGAAGACGGUGACACACCAGACAUGAAGUGUGACGACAUGCUGACGUGCUACAUGUUCCACAUGUAUGUCGGGGUGCGUGCUGGCGGGGGCAUCGGCGACGAGAUCGAGGACCCCGCGGGCGAUGAGUACGAGAUCUACCGCAUCAUCUUCGACAUCACCUUCUUCUUCUUCGUGAUCGUCAUCCUCUUGGCCAUCAUCCAAGGUUUGAUCAUUGAUGCCUUCGGGGAACUGAGAGACCAGCAGGAGCAGGUCAAGGAAGACAUGGAGACCAAGUGCUUCAUCUGUGGGAUAGGCAACGAUUACUUCGACACCGUGCCGCACGGCUUCGAGACCCACACCCUGCAGGAGCACAACCUGGCCAAUUACCUGUUUUUCCUGAUGUAUCUCAUAAACAAAGACGAAACAGAGCACACAGGACAGGAAUCUUACGUCUGGAAGAUGUACCAGGAAAGGUGCUGGGAGUUCUUCCCAGCCGGGGAUUGUUUCCGGAAACAGUACGAAGACCAGCUGAACUGAGCGCCAACCCAGACCGCCUCGGAAAACCCACGCGCUCUCUCGCUGUCUUGGCCUCUGUCUCUCCGACUCUCUGUCUCUUCGCUCCCUUGGAGCGUCCUGCUGAUUCUGCGAAUUGCUGGCGUGAUGCGCUCUCUGGGGGCCGAGAAGCUGUUCCCGAAGACCCGACCGGGCUUCUCCCCCCACCUAGCCUGUCUCCUUUGCGAACAAAGACUAAAGAAGAAUCUGGACUCACACACAGACCGGCGAGGAGCUCUGGGCGCGCUCAGGCGUCACCCAGACAGACAGGUCUGCUUCUGAGACUCCGGAACCUCCUUGAGCUGCGGGACGUGGAAGGGCAGCGGGGUCGCCACACUCAUCCAGCCUCUUUAUUUCCCCAUCCUGAAGGGAGCCCCGGCCAUCACAGACGGCCGUGGACACCAGUUACAAAGAAAUAGUGCCUUACUAUCUGUGGGUUGAGCUAUGCAGAAGAAACGUGCAUGAAAAACGUCUUUAUUUCCUUUAUGUCACCUUCUUUUUCCUUAGUUAGACUGGUUUGGUGAGGUUUUGGGGUUUUUUUCCUUUCAUGCUUUUCUUUAGUGGGGGAGGGUAACAAAAGCAGUUUGCGCGCACCUUUUGGCAAAGGCAGGUGGCCUGUCUCAGGACAAGAGGAGGUUCUUCUCAUUCCUCACAUUCACCUCCCCCCCCCCCAUGGGCUCCUGCUCCGAUUUCCGUCAUGCUCUGAUGCCACGUUGCAACUUUACGAAAUCUUUGUAUGAGAACAAAAAGACUGCAAAAAGAAAAAACACACCUUCAAAAGAAAUACUCCAUUGCAUGUUUAUUAUGCAAGUGUUAAGUGAACAAAGAGAACCUUCAGGAGCACGCUGGUCAACGUGAGCGCACUCUCGUGAUAAUUACACGCACAGUGAGAAGGUGUCGUGGGCUUAAUCGUGUGCUUGGAGCCAGUGUCCUCCGCCGCCGGUGUGGCAGCAUCGAGAACGCGACUGCAGUCUUGGGUCUCUUCUUCGGGCCACCUGUGAUCAGCUGCUGACUGAGGACUUCCCGUCAGGCCACUUCUGACGUCAAAGCUGCAGUGACAUCCAUUCAGGGGUUUCAUCGGUUGCAUCAAAGAACACGGGUGACAGUGGCGAUCACUCCAUUUUUGAGUCCUUUUAAGUGUGAUGCAAACCUUGACAAAUAAAAAGACAUUCAGAGUGGAAGUGCGGUCGUUCUGCAGACGUCGGAGCUCUUUUGUCCUAGGUCUGCUUGUUAAUUGGAAAACGGCUCUGAUUAAACCACUUAACUAACUUUCUCACCCUCUUCUUUCUCUAUCUCGCUUAUCCCUGGGCUGCACCAC